AUGUUUCGCCACGUCCAUCGAACCACCUCACUCCGCCCACUUCAGCCUCCGAACACCUCCGCCCUGCAGGUCUGCGAUGCCUUGCAACCGGCGCGCGACGGGGGCUACCGCGCCGAGGGUGCCGCCAAGGCGCGGGAUGCGGUGCAAUGCUGGCGCGAACGCUUGAGCAAGCAGAAGGAGCAACAGGGUGGAGCGCUGCCGAAGGACUGCGGCGUCCCCGCGAAGCUGAAGAAUCCCUGGGACAUCCGUCAGAUUCGCGCGGAGUCCGUGGGGGCGCUGAUCCAGUUGGACUGCCUCGUGGUGAAUCUCUCUCAGGUGAAGCCGAAGGUGGAGGUGGUCACCUACCACUGCGAGACCUGUGGCUCUGAGAUCUUUCAAUCGGUGGAAGGCGAAAACUACACUCCGCCGAAGGAAUGCCCAUCCCAGAAAUGCCGGGACAACAAGCAGUCAGGCAACCUCCGGUGCAACAUUCGAACUUCGGCCUUUACCAAGCAUCAGGAGAUGAAGGUCCAAGAGAUGUCGGACCAUGUGCCUCAAGGAGGCGUACCCAGGUCCAUCUCUGUGCUGUUGGAGGGGGACUUAACACGUCAGGUCCUGGCGGGUGAUGCCAUCACCUUGACCGGCGUCUACUACCCUCACAGCUUGCCCUACUUCCAAAAGAUGAAGAUGCGCACGCCCACCACACAGAGGAUGUUCAUCGAGGCUCACCACAUCCAGAAGCACAAGAAGGGCUACAGUGAGACUGCUGUGGAUGAGGAUGUCAUGGAGCACAAGAUCCAAGAGGCCCUGCAGCACUCGGGAUUGUACGAGCACGCCGCCAAGUCCAUCGCACCGGAGAUUUUCGGACAUGAGGAUGUCAAGAAGGCAUUGUUGCUGGUGCUCAUCGGCUCCUACACCAAGCAGAUGCAGGAUGGCCUGAAAAUCCGUGGGGACAUCCACACCUUGAUGAUGGGAGACCCUGGAGUGGCCAAGAGCCAGUUGCUGAAGCAGGUUUGUGCCAUUGCUCCCAGGUCGGUCUACACCACCGGCAAGGGCUCCACCGGUGUCGGUUUGACUGCCACGGUGAACCGCGACAACGCCACGGGCGAGGUCACACUGGAAGGUGGCUCGUUGGUGCUGGCGGACAUGGGAGUUUGCUGCAUCGAUGAGUUCGACAAGAUGGAGGAGGGUGAUCGAACAGCGAUCCACGAGGUCAUGGAGCAGCAGACGGUCUCCAUUGCCAAAGCGGGCAUCACUACGACGCUGAACUGCCGGACCACCAUUUUGGCAGCGGCCAAUCCCGUCUACGGCCGCUACAACCCCUACAAGUCGCCAGUGGUGCCCUGGGAGAAUAUCGACCUGCCCGCCGCCUUGCUUUCCCGCUUCGAUUUGGUCUUCCUUCUGUUGGACACUGUAGACUGUGACAAGGACAAGCAGCUGGCGGAGCAUGUCACCAAGGUGCACAGCGCUUACGAGAAGAAGGAGAUCGAGGGUGGCAUGGAGCUCGAAGACUCCGAUGUCCUUGGUUUGGGCUUCAAGCCUUACAACCACAAGUUCAUGCGUGCCUUCGUGAGGAAGGCCCGAAGCUAUGAGCCUGUCCUGGACGAUGCGUUGCGCAAUGACAUCGCUGAUGCCUAUGUUGCCAUGCGUGCCAUGGCAGAUGACAUGGGCGAUGACGAGAAGCGUGACGGGAUCCAGGAGAAGAAGUCUUACACCACACCACGCACGCUCUUGGCCAUCAUGCGGCUCUCACAGGCGCAUGCCCGCGCGCGCUUCUCGAACCGCGUGGAGCGUCAAGACUUCGACGAGGCCAUGCGCCUCAUGAAGGCCUCCAAGGACGAGCGACGAACUCGACGAACGAUCCUGGCUGACUUGAGCCGCCGGGACUCGGUGAAGGACGGCUGGGUGGAUGUGACGCACGUGGUCAGCAUGGCCGGCCACAAGGCUUUGACCAAGGAGCUGGUGAUGGAAGGCAUUGAGAGCUGGCAGAGCUUGGGCGUGGCUACUUGCCUGAGAUCCAAAUUGAGGGACCUGGGCGGUCGACGCAAAGAUGGUGCCCCAUGCCGUUGGUGUUUGACUUCUCCUGAGUUUGAUGGUGUGAGCUGA